GCUCUCCCAAAACGCCAUUCUAUUGGUUUCCGAGGGAGUCCCGCUAUCAAUGCAUACUUCAUGCGCGCCUUCAGCUCCUCGUCGUCCUCGAUGAAUCAAGAUCAAGCUGAUGCCGUUGGAAUGACGGGACUACUCUACCUCAUGGAAACAUUGAGGCCAUUGACGAAAGCGUUGUUGAGUGCUGGGCUGGCUACUGCAAGUACAGCGAUGGUCGAUGCGAGACCUUUGACCGAAGGUAAGCUGUUCGAAUGUUUCGAGCACAACGGCGCGCUCGCGAAGGCUGCAUGGUUGGGAAACUCUCGUUCGAACCAUCUGCGUAUCUCCAACCGCUUCCGCAGUUGCGUGAGAGUCAACUAGCCGACAUCUCGGUCACACAAUUCUGGCUGCUCAACCGACUGUGGGAGCUAUGUAUGUCGCAUGGGCUGCUAUUGGACUCGUCCGAUCAUGCUGAGUUGCAGUAUGAUUUUGCAUAUCAGGUUGUAAACGAGCUGCUGAAUGCUUGCGACAGCUUGAGUCUAUGUUCGAUGGAGGUUCAUGGCGUUGGCUUGGUUGAAAAGGUGUACGAUAUCGCCGUGAGCCUCAGCAAGGCCCUAAAUUCAUCAACACAGAUGACGCUUGACUCCGGCUAUCCGAGACUCGAUACGCUGGCUGAUCAAUCUGCAGAUCUUGAAUCCAGCGUAGAAUUGCUUUUGCAGAAACUAUGCGAGCUCAUCCAAAAAAUUCGUGGGGGAGACCACGCGUACGCAUCCAAGAUAGCAACAGUCUUGAGAUGCAUGCCGGACUAUGGCAAUCUAAUGGGUACUUGACGGCUCACACAACAGUCACCUAGUCCUUGCUCAUUCUUCUCGCUGCCGUCAUAGCCUUGGACUGCGUAGCAUCCACCAACGUAAUCCUCUCCAGAUUCGGCGAGACAGAUUCUGUAUCCCACCAUUCUCUAGUAGACGCACUGAACAAUUCCGUACCA